GCAAGCCCUAUAAUCGGACCACAAAAUAUGUAUUUGGUAAUAUUUGAAUGUCAUCUUAAAAUAAAAUGUAUUUGAAAAGUGAGCACCAGCAUGGCAGAGAAUCAGAUAUGUGAUACAUUACAGAUUCACGCAGGGAGCAUUCUUGGCCAUUGCUACGAAGUCGUAGACUUGCUAGGCGAGGGCAGUUUUGGACUGGUCACCAAAUGCUGUAACACAGAAACGAACGAGAUGGUGGCCAUCAAAGUCAGUAAGAACAAUUCAGAAAUCAUGCAUCAGGCAAGGGAGGAAAUCGCCAUCCUGAAACAACUCCAGUGUCUGGAUCCGGACCAAUGCCACAUUGUGCGCUGGAAUGACUUUUUCUUUAACAAACACCUGAUCUGUUUGAACUUUGAACUCCUUGAUCAGAACUUAAGGAUCUUCCAACAAGAGCGGAAUAUAGAGACUCUUUCCAUCGGAGAAAUCAGUCCAAUUUUGUACCAGAUGGCCACAGCGCUGCUACAUUUGAGCAACAUUGGAAUUGUACAUAUGGAUAUCAAAACGGAAAACAUCAUGGUGUCGGAUUGCAAUCAGGAACCGUUGACGUUUAAGUUGAUUGACUUUGGUUUGGCUAAAGUGGUGUCUUCUUUAAAACCCAGUGACUAUGGACAGACCACAUGGUACAGGGCACCAGAGGUAAUGCUAGGGAUUCCCUUCAAUGAGGCCAUUGAUAUGUGGUCUCUGGGUAUUGUAGCCGUCAGCCUUGCUACAGGUCACCAUCUUUACCCUGGGGAGACAGACUAUGACGCUUUGUCUUAUAUCAUAGAAACACAGGGCACGCCAUCCGAUUCCAUGUUGGAACGUGGACUACGAUCACACUAUUACUUCAAAAAACAGAACGAUAGCUCAUCGGGUUGGCAAUUUAAGACUCCUGAGGAGAUGGGGUCUCCACCCGCAGAAAGCAGAGCCUUAAACCUCAAAUCUCUCGAAGAGAUCGAGGUGGUUCAGAAAUGUGACAAAGAGGGUUUGUUUGUAAAUCUGGUGACAAUGAUGCUGCAACUGGACCAUGAGCUACGUAUUAAACCUGCAGAGUUUCUUCUACAUUCUUUUUUUAAUCCCAGCCUCACACUGCAUAGCGUCGACAAAGAGAACCCAUCAUCUUCCCCGACUAACUCGUCUCAAACUGAACAGAUCCAAGUGGAGGACCAAAAGGAGGCAACCAUACAAGAACAGGCUAAAGACGGGUGGUUGAAAAGACUAUUUAGAAGGAUUCAAGGGGCCUUUAAGAGAAAUUAA